UUCGAAGACAAAUCCUCUGUCCCCAACCAAAUCCUUCACCAUUUCUUAGGGUUUCCCUCUUCCCAUCUUCAUCCUCCACCGGUUGUAUUUUCCCGGAAAAUUGGAACAUCCAUUUUCCCGGAGAAUUCAACGAUUAGUUUUCCUCGGAAAAUCUAAUCCUCCAAUCAAUCGUUGCACCUCUAUCUCCUUUCAAUCGAUCUUCUUGUGUUUGUCUCCAUCGUACUCUGAAUUUUCAACACAGGCACUAUUGAGCUACGAUCAUUUCAAAUUUGAAUUUUAUCAGACGCUUGAAGUGGAUAAGCAAUUGAAGGUUUGUCGUCGUUUGUAGGUGAAGAUGACAUCGAGUCAAGGGGGUUCUGCUCGGAGAAGUGUGUCAAGGAACUCAUCAUCGACGGCGAAGAACAAAGCUUCCGAUAAUGGCGCCGUUGACACCGGGCGGAAAUCCUUCUCUUCUUCUCGUUCUACAGGAGUAACUGGAGAGCGUACAGUGAAGCGUCUGAGGCUCUCAAAGGCCCUGACAAUACCUGAAACUACCAGUGUCUAUGAAGCUUGCUGUAAGAUGGCUGCUCGUAGAUCUGAUGCUUUGUUAUUGACCAGCUCAAAUGCACUACUUUGCGGUAUCCUGACAGACAAGGAUAUUGCAACAAGAGUUAUUGCAUGCGAGCUGAAUCUUGAGGAAACACCUGUUUCCAAGGUCAUGACUAGGAAUCCAGUUUUUGUACUUUCUGACACUCUUGCCGUGGAAGCCUUGCAAAAGAUGGUGCAGGGAAAAUUCCGACAUUUGCCGGUUGUGGAGAAAGGAGAGGUCAUUGCUAUACUUGACAUAGCAAAGUGUCUGUAUGAUGCUAUUGCACGCAUGGAAAGGGCAGCUGAAAAAGGAAAAGCAAUUGUGGCAGCUGUUGAAGGUGUUGAAAAACAAUGGGGAACAUCCAUCUCUGGUCGGAAUACAUUCAUUGAAACACUUCGAGACCAAAUGUUUAGGCCCUCUUUGUCUACUCUCAUUCCUGAGAAUUCAAAGAUUGUAACAGUCUCACCAACUGACACGGUCCUUGUGGCAGCAAAGAGGAUGCGUGAAUGUCACAUGAGCUCUGCUGUGGUAAUAGUUGAGAAUAAACCACGGGGAAUUCUGACGUCAAGGGAUAUUUUGAUGCGGGUAAUAGCACAGAAGCUCCCUCCUGAGACUACUCUAGUGGAUAAGGUUAUGACCCCAAAUCCGGAAUGUGCAAAAGUAGAUACACCCAUUGUUGAUGCGCUGCAUACCAUGCAUGACGGGAAGUUUCUACAUCUUCCUGUGAUUGAUAAAGAUGGAAUUGUAGUUGCUGUUCUUGACGUACUUCAUGUCACUCAUGCUGCUGUAGCUACAGUGGGAAGCACUGCUGGGGUUAGCAACGAGGCUGCAAGCACCAUGAUGCAAAAAUUUUGGGAUUCUGCCAUGGCAUUAUCUCCUCUGGAUGGUGAGGAAGAUUCGCAAAGUGAUGGCUCCUCAAAGUUGACUUCUGAAGACGCAUCAAGACUUUUGGCCUAUUCAUCGAACCUUCCUAAUAUCUUUGCUUUCAAGAUUCAAGAUAAAAAGGGCAGAAUGCAUAGAUUUAAUUGUGAUACACGGAGUUUGGCAGAUCUCGUUACUGCAAUCCUUCAGAGGGUUGGGGAUGACAUUGACAGGAACAACCUGCCUCAAAUACUGUACGAAGAUGAAGACCACGAUAUGGUCAUGCUUGCAUCCGACAGUGAUCUUGUUGCAGCCGUAGACCAUGCAAAAUCCGCCGGUUGGAAGGGACUGAAGUUGCAUUUAGAUUAUACAGGGAUACCUGGCCGGAGGAGGGGCCCGGUAACUACUGCAGGUCAAGACUAUACUCAAUCAGCCUGGGCCUCCGCCUACAGUGCUGCAGCUGCUGGGGCGGCGCUUGCCGCUGGGUUAGGGAUGUUAGCAUUCUUCAAGAAGGCGUAGGGGUGCUAACUAAAUGCUGUCAAAAUCUUCCCGAGGUAAAAUUGAUUAGCAGUAUUGUGCGUACCAUUUGGUUUUGCAAAACUAUUCAAUACGAGAAAAAGUGACAAAUAUAUAUGUUCUUUAAAAAAAAUGGUGAUAAGAUCCAGCCCCCCGCCCCUUAGGUUUACGAGUUGGCGUGGGAAAUUGCCUGGUAUUGAGAAUGGUUCUUGGGACUGUUGAUCUGUGCAUAAUGAAUAAAAUUAGAGCAACAUUUGUGACA